CGUGCUUUUUACAAACUGAGACUGGUGUGGUUUGCCUUUGGAAACAGCUGAGCUUACCGAUACCGGCCCAGAAUACGAUCGGGACCGAGUCCGGGUCAGACAGAGGAUAGGUUUGGCGGAUUCCUGUAACUCUAUGAUCCAGGACAGGCCUGAAGCUGGCGGCAGGGAUAUUAGAAGCCGCCGCUAUCACCUUUGUGGAUCCUGGAACGCGUGACUCGUUUGCUGGAGAUGGAAUCUCUCAGGGAGUCUUCUUUCGGCGCUAACCAUAAGCCCUCUGUUUUGUGUAAAAAUGGUGGAGCCGCAGGGAAAGAGAAUUUCCCAGCCCCUUCAACAUGUCGCCCGCAGAACAAGCAAAAGCAGACUCUGCAAGACAUUAAGCUGAAUGACCAACAGAAGAGCAAACUUCCUGUGCUAUCAAAAGCCAAACCUCCCCCAGACUUUCAGAAGAUGCACCAGGUCUGGCAGAACCAGUUUCAGAAGGGUAAAGCAAUGAGUAAAAAAUCCUGCACUCGUCCCCAGCCUUUCAACCUGUCGCAAAAAGGGGAUAGGUUCUCUGUUACUCCCAUUACAGAUGUGGGACACCCUGUGUCUUCAUCCUUCACCAACAAUCUUCAAAGUCCUCCAUCCAGCCAUACGAGCCGGGAGCCCUUAUCAGAAGUCUGCCUUGGUCAGAAAAACCUGGGGAACAGAGCUGUACAGUCAAAAGAUGUUCCUGGUGAUGAGUUUAAGGCCGAUCCUGCAGCUCUGGCUAGCAUUCUUUCCAAUACUGGAGUGUCAAAUAUUGGUGGUGGUAUGGCUGGGAAGCUUAGCCUGGCUCAUAGGGUGCCCAUGAGAGCAUCCUCUGCUGUCCCAAACAACAAGAGUACAGUGAUGAGAGGUUCGUUGUAUACAGCAUCAUGCAGCCAACGAACCAACUUUGUUGUUGGUAGGAUGUCCUGCAUGGCAAGACCACCAGGGAAAGGUGAGGAACAAAAAAAUCACUUUGGGCUGAAACCACAAAGUAAGCCAAAGGAUACCACCAUACGUGAAUUUCCAGCAUCUAAAGAGGAUUGUAUGCUUCAACCUCAGGUCAACCCAGUUUUACAGCAGAUGAAUGCACCUUCACACCCAUCUGACCAUAACAAACAUUCCCAGACAUUUAUCAAGCCAGAGCUCCCAGCACAGAAGCCAUCUUCCAGUAAACUUCCAGAGAACGGGGCGACAUCUGAAUCCUCCUCCACAAAAAUUGAAUCGACAGAGAAAGAGGAUGCAGUGAAGGAGCUCAUGGAAAAAACAGAUUUAGAUUCUGGCUCUGGAGAGUUUGUUGCCGAUUCCCAGGCCCUGGCCAGUAUCCUUUCAAACACAGGGGUAACUGUUACGAAUGUUGGAAAACUUAGCUUGGCCCAGAGGGUCCCUGUUCAGGGUAAAAAUAUAUCAUUCAAGAAUACAAUGCCAGCCUCUAUAGCAGCACAAUCGGCGACUCCAAAGCCUCCCUUUGGCCGGAUGUCUGCUGUACCAAAUGCGUUAUCUCUCAAAGAUGUGACGUUCAGUCCGUGCCGUGUUCUGAUGUCUAAGCAGACGCCGAGCCCCUCGACAGGAAGUUCUGCAAGACGCAUUAAUAAUGUGAAAUCAUCUGUUGUGAAAUUCUCGCAAAACAUCUUCUCCUUUAACAUAAGGCAGCCAGUCUUCCCCAAAACACCAAAGGCGCUAGCCUUGGAAAUGGCAAAUAAGUGUUUUGAGGCUGAAUGUCCAGAUCCCCGGACAACAAAGUCCUCUGUGAAGUGGGCAGAUGACCUAUCCCCUACUUCUGAGGUUUUUUGUGAAAAACAGCCUGAUCUGGACCAUGUGGCAAUGCGGCUAUUUGUUGAUGGGGAAUGCACAAAUGAAGCAGACAAGAAGGAGGGGUCUGCCUCAACACCUGAGACAAUUACUUUGUCACGUUCCAAAACAUUACUGGACAAGGAAACCCAGGAUGGACCCGUGGAGUGUGAUGUAGCGUCUGCACACAAUCCACACACGUUGCCAUUAAACUUUCAGUCUGAACAUCUUGGCGUUCAACAGCCAAGCACCACUGUUGCUUCUUUGCCUACCUCUAGCAUUGCACUUGAGAUGAGGACCAGCCUGCCAUUCUCCUUUCUCUCCCAUCCAGCUGUUCAGGCUCUUCAGUCAAACAGUUUCGGCCCCCAGUCACUGCCCCAUAUCGCACGAUUACGGCUAAACGCUACAGUGUCUGCGAAGAAGAGAUUCUGGGAUACCUGUCUGGAUGACGAGUGUGCCUUUUACACUUCAAUGGGAGCACCUGGCUCUUACAGGACCUGUGUGGACCCUGUAGCAUCUUCUCUAGAGAAGCAAGAAAACAUGCACUUUAUUCCUAUUUCACCUGCUGAGACGUAAGUUUAUGGCAUACGACUCUUUGGAAACACAAACUGAAUGAACAUGAACCACGUGGGUCUACUAUAGAUCAUCUAGAAUCCUUGGAGCAAGCAGAGAAGUUAUGAGUAGCCUUGAAGCAUACUUUCUGUGCCAAGCACAGCAUUGAAUGCUCAACUUGGUGCCUAUGUAUAUCUGUAAUAUAUUCUUGGCUUAACUAAUUUUUUUUUUCUUCUUUAUGCUUGUAUUUUAUAUUAUUGUGACAAUAAUAAAACCCUAUUUAUAUUGCCAAGA